AUGGCGGACCCUGCCGAGUGCACCAUUAAAGUGAUGUGCCGCUUCAGGCCGCUCAACAGCUCUGAGGUCACCCGCGGGGACCGGUACAUCCCCAAGUUCCAGGGCGAGGAUACGGUGGUGAUCGCGAGUAAACCGUACAUGUUUGAUCGAGUGUUCCAGUCCAGCACCACCCAGGAACAAGUGUACAACGCCUGUGCCCAGAAGAUUGUCAAAGAUGUGCUGGAAGGAUACAAUGGCACCAUCUUUGCCUACGGACAGACCUCCUCUGGGAAAACACACACUAUGGAGGGAAACCUCCACGACACAGACGGCAUGGGCAUCAUCCCCAGAAUCGUGCAGGACAUUUUCAAUUACAUCUACUCCAUGGACGAGAACCUGGAGUUCCACAUUAAGGUGUCUUAUUUUGAAAUCUACUUGGACAAGAUUCGAGACCUGCUGGAUGUGUCCAAAACCAACCUGUCGGUGCACGAGGACAAGAACCGUGUCCCAUACGUCAAGGGAUGCACUGAGCGCUUUGUCUGCAGUCCAGAUGAAGUCAUGGACACCAUCGAUGAGGGCAAAUCCAACAGACAUGUGGCAGUCACAAACAUGAACGAGCACAGUUCCAGGAGCCACAGCAUUUUCCUCAUCAACGUCAAACAGGAAAACACUCAGACCGAGCAGAAGCUGAGCGGAAAACUGUACCUGGUGGAUCUGGCUGGGAGUGAGAAGGUCAGUAAAACUGGAGCAGAAGGAGCCGUUCUGGACGAAGCCAAAAACAUCAACAAGUCUCUGUCUUCUCUGGGGAACGUCAUCUCUGCACUGGCUGAGGGGACGGCUUACAUCCCCUACAGAGACAGUAAGAUGACUCGGAUCCUGCAGGACUCUCUGGGUGGAAACUGUCGCACCACAAUUGUGAUCUGCUGCUCACCCUCAUCCUACAACGAAUGUGAGACCAAGACUACGCUGAUGUUCGGACAGAGAGCCAAGACCAUCAAGAACACAGUGACUGUGAACGUGGAGCUGACGGCUGAGCAGUGGAAGCAGAAGUAUGAGAGAGAGAAGGAGAAGAACAAGACUCUGAGGAACACUGUGACCUGGCUGGAGAACGAGCUGAACCGCUGGAGGAACGGGGAGAAUGUUCCAGUGGAGGAGCAGUUCGAUAAGGAGAAGGCCAAAGAGGAGGUGCUUGCGCUCGAUAACAUCAUGAACGAAAAGGCAGCGUCGACGCCCAACAACAUCCCUGGAGUCAGACUGACCGACGUGGAGAAGGACAAGUGUGAGGCCGAGCUCGCCAAGCUGUACAAGCAGCUGGACGACAAGGACGAGGAGAUCAAUCAGCAGAGCCAGCUCGCAGAGAAGCUAAAGCAGCAGAUGUUGGACCAGGAAGAGCUGCUGGUGUCCUCUCGUCGCGACCAUGAGAACCUCCAGGCCGAACUGAACCGCCUCCAGGCCGAGAACGAGGCGUCGAAAGAGGAGGUGAAGGAGGUGCUGCAGGCGCUGGAGGAGCUGGCAGUGAACUACGACCAGAAGAGCCAAGAGGUGGAAGACAAGGCCAAGGAGUACGAGCUGAUGAGCGAGGAGCUGAGCCAGAAGUCUUCCGUCCUGUCGUCUCUGGACUCGGAGCUGCAGAAGUUGAAGGAGAUGUCGAACCAUCAGAAGAAGAGGGUUACAGAGAUGAUGUCGUCUCUGCUCAAAGACCUGGCAGAGAUUGGGAUUGCUGUGGGGAGCAACGACAUCAAGCACGACAGCGGCAGUGGUCUGAUCGAUGAGGAGUUCACCGUGGCUCGUCUCUACAUCAGUAAGAUGAAGUCGGAGGUGAAGUCCAUGGUGAAGCGCUGCAAACAGCUGGAAGGAACUCAGUCUGAGAGCAACAAGAAGAUGGACGAGAACGAGAAGGAGCUGGCAGCGUGCCAACUGAGGAUCUCCCAGCACGAGGCGAAGAUCAAGUCUCUGACUGAGUACCUGCAGAACGUGGAGCAGAAGAAGCGACAGCUCGAGGAGAACGUGGACUCCCUGAACGAGGAGCUGGUGAAGAUGAGCGCACAGGAGAAAGUCCACGACAUGGAGAAGGAGAACGAGAUCCAGACGGCAAACGAAGUCAAGGUUUGUGCGGCGGUGGACAAGCAGAUCCACUCGCACAGAGAAGCUCAUCAGAAGCAGAUCAGCAGUCUGAGAGACGAGCUGGACCACAAGGAGAAGCUCAUCACAGAGCUCCAAGAUCUGAACCAGAAGAUCAUGCUGGAGCAGGAGCGCCUCAGAGUGGAGCACGAGAAGCUGAAGUCCACGGACCAAGACAAGAGCCGCAAACUGCACGAGCUCACGGUGAUGGCCGACCGCAGGGAGCAGGCUCGGCAGGACCUGAAGGGACUGGAGGAGACUGUGGCCAAAGAGCUGCAGACUCUACACAAUCUGAGGAAGCUGUUUGUCCAGGACCUGGCCACACGUGUCAAGAAGAGUGCAGAGAUGGACUCAGACGACACUGGAGGCAGCGCUGCUCAGAAACAGAAAAUUUCAUUCCUGGAAAACAACCUGGAGCAACUCACCAAAGUCCACAAGCAGCUGGUGCGCGAUAACGCCGACCUGCGCUGUGAACUGCCCAAGCUGGAGAAGCGUCUGCGCGCCACGGCAGAACGUGUGAAGGCGCUGGAGUCCGCGCUCAAAGAGGCCAAAGAGAACGCCGCCAGAGACCGCAAGCGCUACCAGCAGGAGGUUGACCGCAUCAAAGAGGCGGUGCGCGCAAAGAACAUGGCGCGCAGAGGACACAGCGCACAGAUCGCUAAACCCAUUCGUCCCGGACAGCAGCCGGUGGCCUCUCCCACUCACCCCAACAUGAACCGCUCAGCCGGAGGAUUCUACCAGAACAGCCAGAGCGUGUCGAUCCGAGGAGGAGGCAAGAAUGACAAGAGCAAUUGA